AAAUUGGAUGUAAAAAAUUCUAAAGAUUUUAAAAUAAUUGGAAAACUCGAAAGUUGAAACCGUCGCGGGGAUGAAGAGAGAUGCGCGGGGAGGCUUCGGAACCUCCGCUUUCCAGGAGCUUUAUGCUUUUACUUCCUCGCAGAGACGCCCACUCUAUCUUUCUCUCACAAUCCAUACAGAGGAAACCCUAGAGACGGAUGGGAAAUUACUUCAACAAGGAGCCACCACCGCCACUGGUGUUGGUUCCGCCUCUCUUCGACUUUCCUCCUCUCGCUGCCCGAACCAGGAUGUUGGAGUCAUCAUACAAUCUGUUAUUUGGGAAGCUUGCUUUGAAAUGCCUUUUUGAGGAUUAUUUUGAAGAAGCCAGGCAUUUUAGCACAAGAAUUAUGCUGAAGCCAACUGACGACCCUAAUGUAGAUUUGGUUGCAACUGUUUCAGGUCCACUCGAUAAUAAGCCCGAGGGGAAAGUUUUGGGAAAUGCUUUAUUUCGCUGGCAAGGUGAUGUUGAUGAUCCUCAUACAUUUGUGGACCUUUUUGUAUCAAACUAUGAACCGGUCUUACGCUUGAGGUCAUGUUCUUACUACCCCACAUAUGGAUUUGGAUCAUUUGUCAUUUUCCCAUUGCAAUUAAAGAGAAGAAUAGCUUCAGAAAAUUAUGGUGUUGUGGGAUUGAGACACAGCUCGGAAAAUCUCUCACUAGGAGCCACAUUUGUGCCUUUCUCUACGGCAGAUAAAUGCCCAACUAAUGCAUGGCUGGUUAGCAAGAUUGGAAGGUUGACCGUUGGGGUGCAAUAUGAGCCACAAUGUGGAAGCAAAGAUUACACAAGAUUUAAGAAUUUAAGGAACUGGAGUUGUGCAAUUGGCUAUGGAGUAGGAACAGGCAGCCCCUUGAGCCCAUCCUUCAUUUUUGGUCUUGAGCUUGCCAAGAGUUCUCAGUUCAUUGCGUCAUUCUAUCAACAUGUCGUUGUCCAAAGACGGGUGAAGAAUCCAUUGGAAGAAAACGAAGUGGUUGGAAUUACAAAUUAUAUUGACUUUGGUUUCGAGUUGCAAUCAAGGGUUGAAGAUGUGGAGACAUCAAAUGGCCUUCCAGAUUCUACAUUUCAAGUAGCUGCAUCAUGGCAAGCCAAUAAAAACUUUUUGUUGAAGGGAAAGGCAGGUCCUCUCAGCUCAUCAAUAGUUUUGGCAUUUAAGUCAUGGUGGAAACCUUCUUUCACUUUCAGCAUUUCAGCUACUAGAGAUCGUACUGUUGGAAAGACAGCUCUUGGAUUUGGCAUCCAUGUUGAGAAUAUUAGAGAAGCCAGUUAUGAAAGAGCCGAUCCAAAUUUUGUAAUGUUAACACCAAGCAAGGAGCACCUAGCAGAAGGCAUCCACUGGAGAAGUGGAAAGAGGCCUAUGCUACAAUCAGAUUUAAAUUCUGAAAACUUUGAUGGCUUACCAAGGGAAUUGAGACCCUAUGGAAACAUUCUGUAAUUUUUAUUUGUUCCUUUCUUUAAGCUCUUUUUGGUUAAUCAGGCUGCUGAGCUGAUGCUCUGCAAAAAUGAAUUGUGGUAAGAAUAAACGUCAAAAUGGUUCUUGAAUAGUUUGAUCUCCAUUUCAGAAUACCAAAAUCGCGCUUUGAAAUUUA